GCAGGAAGUUGCGUCAAAAACCGCCGGUCUGUCAUCACGUGUGUAAACGUCUGAAAUGGGAUUCAAUCAGCUACAGAGCUAGCUAAAGAUUAAAGAAAAUCAGCGCUGCACUGAUCCCCAUGGCAACUCCCUUACCCCCAAAAGGCCCUGGUCUUACCAGCAUGCCCCCCCAGCAGCAAGCCCAUGGUCCCCCAGGUCCAGGCCCCUCUCAGCCUCCCAUGCCCCCUCAGGGGGCUCUGCGGGAGAUCUCGCCUGUCUUUCUGUGUCGCAUCGGCCAGGAGACCGUGCAGGACAUCGUCACGCGCACCAUGGAGAUCUUCCAGUUCACACGUGGAACCCAGCUGCCCAACGGGGUGACGCAGAGCCAGGCGGUGUACCAGGACCGCUUUGGAAAGCUGCAGGAGCACCUGCGCCAGCUAGCCCUGCUGUUCCGCAAGCUCCGCCUCCUGUAUGAGCGCUGCGUGGAGAUGACAGGUGACCUGCAGGAGGGACCCGCGCAGUUGGUGCCCUACAUCGGAGAGGGUGCGGCCCCAGUCCCAGUGGAGCCCUGCAACCUGGCUGUGAGUCAGGAGAGGCAGGAGGUUCUGGAGAAAGUGAGGGAGAAGAACCAGGAGAUGAAGAUUCUGAUGGACCAGAUGCGGAACCUUCUGUGGGACGUCAACGCUAUGCUGACCCUCAGGAAGUGACACACACACUUGCACAAACAUCCGCACGCAUACACAAACACACGUGCACAUACUCAAGGCAAACCUGUUUACACACUAUAUCGCACAACAGGACACACGGCAACGUACACUGUCGGCAACAAGUGCAAGUUGGGUUUCAGUUCUGGACAUGGAAUGGAUGGGUCCUGACUCGGUCCCACCCGCUUUGCCUCUAGGUGCUCACAGUCAUUUUGUAUUCAAUGGGCUUGUUUGUAUUUUUUUUUUUGUUCAUAUUUUAUUUUUUUACACUUUUUUGUGUCUUUGUUCUCUUGCUAAUGUGAUAGUGUGUUUGUGACCUUAUUUAAAAGUUCAGACACUCACCCUCAGGUAGGUGAAUGGGUGGAGGAAAUCCCAUCUUUCUCGGUCAGUAAGACUCGGCGUUUGGCCUCCGGCACUGAAACGUUACCCGCCGGCACUGAUCCAGGAUCAGCUCAGCCGACCGGAACGGAACUCCAGUGCGUCGUGCCCAAAAAAGAUGAGACUGACUCCCGGCGCUCGGUGCUUGGAGGCAGCACCUCUCCUCAGAAGAGCCAGUGCAGCCGUAGGCUCAGUCACACCGGGUGCACAAGCACAAACUCUGCCUCACCUUUGCCACCAUGUAGAACCAGAGGCUGAAUAAAACCAGACUUCCACCGCCUUGGCAGCUAUAUUCUCAGGUGUGGCCCGGGGGGAGUGGCCCUGGGCAGCACACCUGUUUUCUUUCAGGGUGCUUCCUAGAUUUGAUGAGUCUGUGGGUGGGAGGGGGCUCACCCUGCUCAGAAUAAACUCUGGACUUGAGCAAAACUGAUCAUGUGAUAUCUUUAUGUAUGUUAUUUUUGUAUUAUUUUUUUACAGAAUAAAGUAAAUCACC